UUCUCUAACCCAAAACACAUCAAAAACCCACUAAGCAAGUGGGGUUUAAGCCAAAGAACCAAAAAAAUGAGGUCUUCAAUGGCCUCUGCCACCUUGACCCUUCUUUUAGCCAUACUGUCGGUAUCCUUACCUUCCCAAAUUUCAGCUAACAGCUACUUGUAUUCUUCCCCUCCACCACCAACCACCGUGUACCCUCCGGUUUCACCACCUCACCAUUAUCCUUCACCAUCACCAUCGCCACCGGUGUACUCUCCUCCAAAACAUCCUUACCAUUAUAAAUCUCCACCACCACCGGUUUACUCUCCUCCUAAGCAUCCUUACCAUUACAAAUCUCCACCGCCACCACAUAAGAAGCCGUACAAGUAUCCUUCUCCUCCACCACCGGUUCAUGUUUACCCUAAGCCAGUCUACCACUCUCCACCACCACCAAAGACACAUUACAAAUAUUCAUCUCCUCCUCCACCAGUGCACCAUGUCUACCCUAAACCUAUCUACCACUCUCCACCACCUCCAUAUUAUCCACACCCCCACCCCCAUCCUCACCCCCACCCUCAUCCUUAUCCACACCCCCACCCAGUCUACCAUUCACCACCACCCCCAAAGAAGCAAUACAAAUACUCAUCUCCUCCUCCUCCAUAUCACCCUCAUCCCCACCCCCAUCCUCAGCCCCACCCCCACCCCCACCCUCAUCCUUACCCACACCCCCACCCAGUUUACCACUCACCCCCUCCACCACAUAAAAAGCCAUACAAAUACUCAUCUCCACCACCUCCAACUCACCAUGUUUACCCUAAACCAAUCUACCACUCACCACCACCACCCAAGAAACCAUACAAAUACUCAUCUCCACCACCACCAGUCCCCACUCCCUACGUUCCACAUCCAGUGUACUCCCCACCCAAGAAACCAUACAAAUACUCAUCUCCACCACCACCAGUCCCCACUCCCUACGUUCCUCAUCCAGUUUACUCACCACCAAAGAAACCAUACAAAUAUUCAUCACCUCCGCCACCAGUCCCUACUCCCUACGUUCCACACCCAGUGUACUCCCCACCAAAGAAACCAUAUAAAUACUCUUCUCCACCACCACCAGCCCCCACUCCAUACGUUCCACACCCGGUUUACUCACCACCAAAGAAGCCAUACAAAUACUCAUCCCCACCACCACCAGUUCCCUCACCCUACGUUCCUCACCCAGUCUACUCACCACCGAAAAAGCCAUACAAGUAUUCAUCUCCACCACCCCCAGUUCCCUCACCCUACAUUCCUCACCCAGUUUACUCACCACCAAAAAAACCAUACAAGUACGCUUCUCCUCCACCACCAGUUCCCUCUCCAUACGUUCCUCACCCAGUUUACUCUCCACCUAAGAAGCCAUACAAGUACGCUUCUCCUCCACCUCCACCAGUUCACACUUAUCCUCCAUACAUUCCUCACCCAGUUCACCAUUCUCCUCCACCAACUCCAACCAAGAAGCCUUACCUCUAUGUUUCUCCUCCCCCUCCUUACCACUCUUAGAUAGUGGUCCGCCAUAGCUCUCUAUGAUAUAUGAAUGAAGAAUAUUUGAAAAUAAAGAAAGCGAAGGAAGGAAGGCGUAAUAACAGAAGAAAAAGAGAAAAAAGGAAGCAAAGUUUCCGCGUUUUGUCUUCAUCAGAUAAAAAAAAGUGUUAUUUAUUUUCUGUUUCUAUGAUAGGAUUGCUACUGGUUUAUUUUGUAAUGUGCUUUUGUUUAGUUUAUUUUCAUGAAAAUCGCUUUUAUUAUUUGACAGUUGUAAAGCAGCACUGUUCUGCUAUAGUACAUGCAAAUGUAAUGAUGUGUAGUCUUCAGCCUGCUCUUUUGCAGGGGUUGUAAGACAUUAUAUAUAUUAAUAUUUAAUAUCAAUUACUAUAUGUUAUUUAAA